UGCAAUUGUCCAUCUUUGUGCGAGCCCCUGCCGGGCCUCUGUCGUUAGGCUCCGCUGGGGUUCUUUCGACUGGCCUUUUGGUUUUCCUUUUUUCUUUGACUUCAUCCACCACCAUCUUCAUCCUCGAUCUUGCUCGCUGCGGUCGCCCGUAAAUCCCCCUUUCAAUGCUUGCCGCUCUCCCCGCGAUCAUCGAUUGUCGGGUGUGUUCUGCAUCGAAUGCAAGAUGACAGACGAUCAGAUUGAGCCCCGCAGGCGACGGCGAUCCUCUAUCUCCGAGCGCAUCCAACGUGCCUUCCAUGUAGAUCGCUCAGACAAGAAACGGCAGAGUUUCUCUCCAGGAGAUGAUCAGAAGGGGUUUCAUCUUGCCCAGUCAGCGCAAUCUCCAGCCCAAGUCCAAUCUGGAGAUGGCGCACGCAUUCACCUGGCAGAGGCAGCGGCCGGUCACCGCACUCCAACCGGCUAUUCUCUACAAGAUGAGACCCUGCCUAGCACACUUACAUACUCAUCACAAGACUCUCGUCUGCCAUCGACAUAUACACCUGGCUCAAGCCCCUCGGUUCGACCAGCGUAUAUGUCCACGCCUGACCCAAAGAAGUCCAAAGACAAGGAUGAGAUAUGUUCCUCGCCUACCUGGAAGGAAACUGCUCGCAAAGAACGGCGCGCGACCAAGCGACUAGAAGCAGAGAGAAAAGAGCUCGAGAAACGCCUCAUGCAACUGGAAGAGUCGCAGGCUAGACUGGAAAACGGCAUCUAUGACAGGCAAUCCCGACGCCUGACCAAGAAACAACCACUGGACAACGGCAAAAGAUCUUCCAGCGCUAAUUCCGAGAGACCGCGAUCUUCCAGGUCAUUAUCAGCGUUCUUUUCAUCAUCACGCCGGUCCUCCCGAUCCCGAGAUAGCUCUACAAAUGCAAACGACCGACGUCGAUCUUCUGAUCAUGAGAACCCGGGAGGGGGACCACCAACCUUACCUCUUUCAUUACCUGAGCGCUUUGGGACUGCGGUAUCUCGAGAAUUGGCAUCUAAGCAUGGGACUUCGCUAAUGCCAAAUCAUCAGCUCCAACACUCGUCCCAUCUCCUCCAUCACACUGCCGCGAAGUCGGACGAUCUUCGGGAGAAUUGGAAUAUGGCGGAGGCCUGGCAAAAGCAGAAUCGUGAGCGUGAGAUUAAUGAUUCGCUAGCCGGUUUGAAGACGGAGAUGGGUGUGAAUAAUGGUUCUGGGGCUGGUGCCCAGUCGGCAUUGAAGAAGAGGGAGGACCUGCUUGCGUACCCUUCACUUACCAAUCCCCGUAUUGACCUCGACCGUGAGCUGUUCACAGCGAAUCUCAGACAGGAACGGAAGCCCUCGGAAACUCAAAAGCCUGCAGCUUCUUCUACUUUACGACAGGGAGGCCCCUCGCCUGGUCAGAAUCAUACUCAGUCUGCUGAGUCUCCAACAACCCGAGUGGCCACGGCUCGUCAACUCCAUAACGUUGCAUCCGGGGAGGAUCAACGUCCAUCACCCGUGAAAUAUCCCCCUGCUAGUUUCAAGGAAAUGAGAAACGGCAAGCCCGGCCUGACGAAAUAUGUAGCCGAACCCAGUCCAAAUGCGCAUCAAAAGGAGUACAAAUCCUCUCCUCUAGCCCUGAACCCUGUCACGACCGAUGACAUUACCCAGAAAAAGGAGAACAAAAAGCCUUCCCAGUCUGCAGCAGCGGAGCAGAAUUCCCGUGGACUCGUGCCUCAACCUCUACGGAUCAACUUUGAAUUUUCUCGUGGACGGGGUCGACAGGUUUCAUAUCCCUUAACCUCGGAGAUCCCUCAAGGUCGAGCGAAGCAGAACACUCGUCAAGACCGGGCGUCACUCAUGGGCCCAGUAGAGAUGUCUGCUGGGAAUAUCAAGCGAAGGUGGAACCCCAAACCUAUUGCGUUUGAUAAACCGAAACCCACGGCAUGGGAACUCAGACCACCGCCAGCUAUCAUCCCUCCAUUAAAGCAUCCAGGCCGGAAAUAUGCUCUCGAAGAGAACUCUCCUUAUGGUCGACUCAGCUAUGAUGGUCAACAGAUUCCGACUAUCAUCACCACAGAGGCAGUACCAGUGACCCGUUCACAAGAAUCCGUACCCCAAGUUCGCCAUUCCUUGGCUGAGAUGCCCGCCAGCAAGUCCACUCCAAACGUGCUAGCUGUCCGUGGACACAGUCGCUCAUCGUCCGGGGCGUCCAGCUAUGAUACCGCCGACGAAGAAGUCCUCGACACACCAAAUCACCACCCAGAACGAAGGAACAAUACAUCUACCUCAGAAACUCAUGAAACCAACCCCUCCAACACUCUUACCACAACCCCCCAAGACAACCCCACGACAAAGGAAAUCCAAAUCCCCACAAACCCCAGUCCCAGGGGUAACAAUAACCCACCCCUCGCACCAGACGGCAUAAUCUCAAAGAUACGCCACAACCAAAUCCAAAAACCCCCACCCAAACAACUCAAAAAAGACCACCUUGUCGCCAAAUUAUUCGUCAUUUGCUGUCACUGCCAAUACUGGCACGACCUUCCAUCCGAACUCUACGCAAAACUAGCCUGUCCCGAACGCAUCCCCUCCGAAUCCCGGCUAGCACGCAAGUUCUCGAGACAUAAUACGCCCGGACGGCGGAGUUCGUUUAAAAGGGCUGUUUUUGGGGGGAUUUCUGUAGAUGCGGCUGCGAGGCGGGUGGCGGGUGGGAAACUGGGUUUGAACGCGAAUGAAAUGCAGUUGGUUAGCGGUGGUGCUGCUGGGGCUGGGGCUGGUGCUGACGCUGGCCUGGCUGAGAUUGAUAGUACUGCGGCUCAGUCGGGGUGGACGACUCUUGUGCAGAUGCGUGAGAGACAUCAUUAG